AUGGAACAAACAUCAGGCCUUGCCGAACAGGCAAGGCAGGAGCUUCUCACCAAGGGUGCGGAGAAGAAAGCAGCACGGGAUUUGGUAGCGGUGAGGGAAGCAGAGCUUGAUCAGGCUGAGCUGAGCGGGGAUAUAAGAAGGACAGCAGAGGCUAAUAUGAAGCUCUUGUCUGCCAAGCUUGCUGUUGCCAGGCUCGAAGGAGACGAAAAGAAGAGGGUGGAAGCACGUAAGCAGGUCUGGCAGGAAGAGUGUGACUUGGCCGGGAUCAAAGGGGAUAAGAUGGGGGAAGCAACGGCUCUUGUGAAAGUGAGGAAUGCAGAGCUUGAACUGGCCAGGCUCGAAGGAGACGAAAAGAAGAAAGCGGAGGCUCUUGUGGAUGUGAGGAAUGCAGAGCUUGAACUGGCCAGGCUCGAAGGAGACGAAAAGAAGAAAGCGGAGGCUCUUGUGGAUGUGAGGAAUGCAGAGCUUGAACUAGACACGAAGAAAGCGGAGGCUCUUGUGGAUGUGAGGAAUACAGAGCUUGAACUGGCCAGGCUCGAAGGAGACGAGAAGAAGAAGGCGGAGGCUAAUUAUAGAUGCACGGAGGCAAAGCUCGAAUUGUCAGUUGCAACUGCGAAAGCGUCGCUGGCAAAGGCAGGACCGAAUGAUGUUGCUCGUUGCACCAGAGAAUACAAUAUUGCAUCUUAUGCACUGAUUUCGCAUCGAUCAGAUGGAGGAGAAGAAAAGUUUCUUUCAGGUGAGUCUUUACGCCAGCCCGAAUGCUUUGUUCUCAUUUGA